AUCCGCAUUGGCUCGGCGCGCCUCAUCGACCUGCCGUAUUCCACAUAUGAAAGAAUCAUUAUAUUAUCAAUAAGACCACGUUGAGACUAGCAAUGUCCAAUGAUCAACUAGUCGCGCAGAUAUUCUGCCGCUAUAUCGACAAACCACUACCAGAACACUUCCGACCAGGCAACGGCUUCAUUGCAAGUACGCGUUUUGAUAAUACACGCUUAAAUCCAGGGCCUCGCCCCUGUAUGGACAUAUCUCUGUCCAUUGGCAAACAGGUUCAAGUUGGAAGAGAUGUAGAAGAGAACGACAUUGCGAUUCCUCAUCCCUAUGUUUCAAGAAAGCAUUUUGUUAUAUAUUCUGUUGUGUAUAACGGAGACACGCAGCCGCUCUUAUACGUACGUGAUUGUGGCUCACUCUGCGGCACGUAUAUCGACAGGCCUUGCUCUCCGCGUAUAAGAUUACCGCCUUCUUCUGGAUAUUUGCUUAGCCAAAGCGAAAUCAUUCGGAUUCAACCUUAUUGGGAAUUUCACGUAUAUCUGUCGGGUAUGUGUCCUAGAGGUUCAAUAUUGAAUCAGAUACAAAAGAACGAGACUGAACUUGAGAAAGCUGGAUUUCUCAUCAACGAACGGCUAUUGGGAAGUGGUGCUCUAGCGUCUGUUCAUCUUGCUAUCAAUCUCAAGUCCGGGCGACAAGUUGCUUGUAAGGUUCAUCGGCUUACCCAUUUCCGGCAAUUCCAGAAAUCCUCGACCAUAAUUCGACGCAUUCUGGACGAAACUAAUAUUCUUAGUAGAGUUACUCAUCCUAACCUUCUUAAGUUCGUAGCUGCGUUUCGAUCGUCAGAUAUGUUAUAUACCUUUACAGAACUAGCGACGGGCGGAGACCUCUUCUCUAUGCGUCUCCAACACUUGGAUGGUUUACCGGAGAUGGAUACAAAGCUCAUUAUUAGACAAAUAGUGGAAGCCAUCAGUUAUCUACACCAGCACAAGAUUGCUCAUAGAGAUCUCAAACCAGAAAAUGUUUUCUUUGCUACCGGACCAACGCUCCCGGCUCGAAUAAUUGUUGGAGACCUCGGGUUUGCUAAAGUGGCUGCAUCAGGUCGAAUGGCCAGUGAAGUCGGCACCCCAACGUAUAUGGCCCCGGAAAUGUGUCGUGGUCAAGGUCAUGGCCUGGAGGUUGACAUUUGGUCACUGGGCAUGAUUUCGCUAUUCCUCGUUGUGCUUGACUGGGAUAAUAUCAGUUUACUUAACUCCUUUGACCAGGAUGCUGUUGAUGAAAGCCUAUCAACUGCCUUCAGUGAACUAUAUAAAGGGAGCAAAACCUUGUCCGAAGAUUUCAGGAACUUCAUUCGAAAGUGUCUUGCUAUAAAUUCAUCGAACAGGAUUACAGCGGAGGAUUCCAAAGAGCAUCCUUGGUUUCUCUCAUCAGGCUUUCAACUAGAUCAUCAGAUGAAGGAGGUUACGAAAGGAUGGAAACCAAGUUCUGUUGUCCACAACUCAGUGCAAGACUUGGACAUCCUUGUAGGCACUGAGGCUCGCGAAACGCGAUCUACAGUGUCUUUAGAAGAAACAACAAGAGCUGAAUCAGACAUGGCUGAAGACGUUGAUACUGAAGUUUCAUACUACUUCAGAGACAACAAGCCAACCAUGAAUAACAGACAACAAGUUGUUCCAAACCCGCCGGUAAUCAAGCUGACAGGAAUCUAUGGAGGCUCGAAUUAUUACGUAGGCAUUUGAGAGCGUAAUGGUCAGGCUUGGCUGCUAUUUUCUUCUACUACAAGUGUUCCUUUCAUCUACAGGCUUGAGUUAGGUAAUAUAGAGC